AUGGCCAUAUUUACAAUUUCCUGUCAAGCUUCAAUUGAUAAAAAUGGGUUAAAACACAAACAGAGAGAUUUAAAUAGUAUUAGAAAAAAAGUACCCUUGUUGGUUAGACAAGCACCAACUCAUACUGCAGAGUCCUCUAAAAAAUCAUCAACCAAAAAAGCAGACUCAGUUGGCUCUAAAAUUAAACCAUCUAAUUCUCAAUUGUCUAAAUCGUCUAAAGCAUCUAACUCUAUUGCAAAAGUCGUCAAUUUCACACCUAGUGAAAAUGCUGUAAAAACCACCGCCAUCACAAUGACUAUUUCUAACGCAACUCCUGCCGCAGCUACCGCUACUGGCGCAUCUAGUGCACCCGUUGUACCCCCCGCUGCACCUACUGGACUUAAUGAAACCCAACCUUCUGACCAAUCAUCAAGCAACAAUGGUAGCACUGAUUCCGCUAUUGCUACCUCGGCGGCAGACCCAAGUAGUCAAACGUCAUCUAUGUUAGAAUUUGGAUUUUUAAGUGUCAUGAUUGUUUUCGGAAUCCUUACAUAA